AUGGCAAACACGUCCUCCCUUGCCCAGCUCUAUGAGAACCAUUCAGCGUUGCAACAUGGCUAUGGAAAGUCCCUGAUAAUCAGCCAUCUUGGUCCUGGCGAGGGUGAGAAAAUUCUUGAUUUAGGAAGUGGCACUGGACGUCUUUCAAAGGAUAUCGCUGAUAUCCUUGGACACGAAGGCGAGGUACUCGGUGUAGACCCAAACACAGAAAGAAUAGAAGUCGCCAAAGUUCAUUAUGAACGCCAUUUGUCCAACGGAGCAAAGGUGAAGUUCAUGACUGAUCUUGUUCAUGAUGCUGUGCCACAUGGACCUUUUGAUGCUGUCUUCUCCAACUUUGCGCUUCACUGGGUGCCGGACGAUGAUAUGAAUGCUACGAUGAGCAGCAUAGAGCGAUGUCUGAAGACUGGAGGCCGCCUUUGUGCAAACAUCACAUUAACGACUGGUCCCUAUGCCAAUGAUCUUUCACUGAUGGCAACAGGACAGAGCGAAGAGGUGAUAACCGGAAUGAAUUUUCGAUCUCUCGACUUCUGGACAAACCAAUGCAGAACGAUGGGUCUGGAAGUACAAUUCGCACAACAGGAUGAUGACAUGGUCGUAAGUUUCAAGACUGUUCGGGAAUACUUCGAGUUCGUGAAGGCGUACACAGAAGGAGGCGUCGAUUACGGAAAGCUGAGCUCUGAACAACUGACUGCCUUCAUCGCAAGUCAUGAUAUGGGUAGCCUUGACUCGGAGCUUGUCUAUCGUUCUGCAAUGCUGACAGUGGUGGCGUCAAAGCCAGACAGUGCGGUAAUUAAAUUUUGA